AGAGAGGCUCCGAAGUGCGUGCGACUAGGUUCUUGGGCGCGCGCUUCUUUUGGUUCCUCCUCUUCGGUUCUUUCUGUCUCCUGAAAGAUAAAGGCAGGUGGCAAGAACAGCCUCCCCCAAGACCUCCCUGAGAGCUGUUAGCCUAUUCCUGAGCUAGGAGACUUUGUGGGAACAAGACGCUUUUGUCCCAAGCCCAACCUUGUUCUUGUCCACUAGCUGAGGAGGGUAGUUCUACUUGUCUGGCUCUUGAGAGUUUAGAGGUGCUAAAGUUGUAAUAUGUGGCAGCUAUCUUAGUUUUCGGUGGUGGAAGUGUCAUUUUAUCCUAGCUAUUUUCAUGUUGUUGGUUUUGUUCUUUUCUUUUUUAAAAAGCCAUUUGGGUAAGGGUUGAAACGUGCUGACUGUAUGUUCUGUACUCUUAAGUCAGUUGCAGGAAAAGGCUCGUUAAAAUCAGCAAAACUUCCUAAGCUGAAGGGGGGGAGGGCUUGAAGCGAGCAUUAAAAAAAAAUAAAAUCUAAUUGAUUUCCUUGUAGCCAGAAAUUUGCCCAGGCUGGGACCCCAGCUCCGGAUCAGCCAGAGUAGUGAUGUGUGCUGAUGCAGCAGAAUCAGGAUGUUAUAAAUCAUUUCCCAUCAAAUACCUCUCCUUUUCCUAGUUUUUAGUACUGGAUGGAGCUUUGUGGACUCUGUGAGUCUUGAAGACCACAAAAGCUGAUGGGGUUUCAUAAGGGCUUCUGCUGAGAAUUACAUCUGAUUGCUCUGAUUUAUGUACUAUUCAGGAACCUUGAACCUGACAAGAUGUAGCCGUUUGUACAUAUGUGUGUUAUUUAAUAAUUUAUUGUGGCAUAAAUUCUAUUAUAAUAUCUCAAAAUACAGUUUUAAAUUACAGUAUCAUAAUUUUCCUUAUUAGUUUCUUAACUUGGAAGAGAAAUGGAUGAUGAACCAGAGAGAACCAAACGGUGGGAAGGGGGUUAUGAAAGAACUUGGUAAGCUUUUAUAUUUCUCUCCCCCCCCCCAUUGUUUAAGAACUGUAGUCUUUUGUUAUCUAUAUACAGUACAUUAUACUUUAUUUUUGUUGCUUCUAGGGAAGUUCUUAAAGAAGAUGAAUCUGGAUCAUUGAAAGCCAGCAUAGAGGAUAUUCUUUUUAAGGCCAAAAGAAAAAGGUAAUCACUAAGCUGCACAAUGUAGGGAUGCACUAUGAAUGACACUUCAGAAUAAAUUGCAUUUUGCUGCAGUCUUACAAGGAGAAGCGUGAAAAGUUUCCAGUUUAAAUUCAAAUCUAACUUCAUUCUACUUACCGUAGGUUGUAUAAUGUUAUAGUCAAUCAGAUUACAAUGUGGCUCUGACAUCCAUCUUCACAGCAUAAUUAAAAACUUUUGUAUCAAAUAUGCUCUUAGAUUUCCAGUUUUUUAAAAAAAAAGUAAAUAUGAUUCAUUGAAUAUAAUCUGUUUUUCACAAGUGAGAAUAGAUUGUAUAUAUUGAUGCUAUAAUAUAUGAAUGCUAUAACAAUUAGCAAUUAACUUUUUUUUUACACUUUGCAGAAUCUUUGAGCAUCAUGGACAAGUUCGACUUGGGAUGGUAAGUUCUCCUUUUCUACUUGGCUCUAAACUUAUUUUGCUGUGAAGUUGUAUAUGAAAUAGGUCUAGUUCAUAUGCUUAAUAAGAGCAUAGUCAGCCACUUGUUUUUCCUUAGAUUGCAGUUUGCUUUGGGCAGGCAGCUGAACUGUCAAUCAGUAAUAAGAACAAGAAGAGACCUGCUGGAUCAAAUCAAAGGUCCAUCUUGUAAAGCAUUCUGAUGUCACAGUAGUUCAUCCGAGGUGUAUAGGAAUCCCACAUGAGGGAUACGAGCCCUCUUGCUUGUGUGCCCUAGCAACUGAUCCUGGAGGUCGUAUAUAGCCAUUGUGGCUAAUAGCCAUUGAGAGACUUUGUCCUCCAUGAAGCUGCCCAAGUUGGUGGCCAUCACUACAUCUUGUGGUAACAAAUUGCAUAGUCUGAGGAUGUGCUGUGUGAAGAAGUACUUCCUUUAGUCCAUUCUGAAUCUCCCACUACUCAGAUUCAUUGGAUAACUCUGGCUUCUAGUAUUGUGAGAGAGGGAGAAAAACUUUCCCUACACCAUAGACACCUUCUUGUAAAAUUGCAGUGACAUUUAACAAUAAUCUAGCUAGGUAUAAAAAAAUUCCUUCCAGUAGCACCUUAGAGACCAACUAAGUUUGUUAUUGGUAUGAGCUUUCGUGUGCAUGCACACUUCUUCAGAUACCUGAAGAAUACCUGCAUGCACACAAAAGCUCAUACCAAUAACAAACUUAGUUGGUCUCUAAGGUGCUACUGGAAGGAAUUUUUUUAUUUUGUUUCGACUAUGGUAGACCAACACGGCUACCUACCUGUAACUAGAACUAUUUAGGCAUGUUCAUAUGACCUUUGAGCUUUAAGCAAGCAGGUCAAUAAACUUCAAAUUGCAUAGCAGAAAUUCUAGCCAUCCAAGUUCACAGAGAUAAUCUGAAGUCAGCCUAAACAAAAGGUAGCUCUGGUUGUUUUUUGGUUGAGGGAAGUUGGAUUCUGUUUAAAGCAAAUAAAGUUUAAACAAGUCUUAGCUUUGCUUAAGUGCUUUCAAUAAAGACUCUGGGAUUCUGACUGCAGCUUACCAGCUUUUAGAGUUGGUUUUGGGAUGCUAUAGUAAAAUGCUGGAUUCUUCAGUUAGGAUAAAGAUGUGAGAAAAGUUCUACUUGAUUAUUAUUUUAGGCUGUGUGCAAAUUUUACAUUGCAUUUAUUUGUGAUGUUAUUGGACUAUUAAUAAAAAGAUAAAAAUGUAUUUUGAUUACUGUACAUACAAUUGAUUGGAUUUAAACUUUUUUUUUCUGCCCCCCUCUUCCUCUUAACCAGACCCAGGAUGGCUAACAAGAAUCUUAAAAGCAUGGGUCAUGAAGCAACGGUUUAAAAUUAUACCAGUUUAAUGUGCUUAGAGGCACAUCAACAGAUGGAAAGGUCUCUGGGUUGCAUCCAAUGAUGUUGUGCUGUUAGCACAAGGACUUGAAUGGGACUACCUCUUCUCUCCCCAUACCCCCCCCAUGUGCUUCAUAGGGUUGGAGGAAUCCCAGAACCUAUUUGUAGGGGUGAGGGAGGAGAUUCCUGCACUGGUCAACUUUGUUGGAUAUAACCCUCUGUAUCUUUUAUCAUUAUCAUUAGUCCUCUGCUUUGGUGGUUGACCAAUCUGGAUGUUGGGUGUAAUGUAUCUCAACUGAAUCAUUUAAAAAAACAACAACCAACAACCCAUGGAUGUCUAAGAGGGUGUCAGGGCAGGAUUGGUGGAAAAUAUGUGUUUCAGGGGAUAAGGUAGAAGUAUAUAGUAUGAUAUACUAUAUAUAUCAUACUACUCAAAAGCAAAUACGGACCACUCAAAAGCAAGUACGCAUAGAUUUUCAGUUUUCAGAUAUAUUUCUGUAACUCCAAAAGAAGGGGCCAACAGCCCACAAUUCCUGAAAACCUGUGUGUGCAUUUAGAAUAAUUUGUGAAUCAUAUUGGCCUGAUACUCUAUUUUAUGAAUAUUAUAAUAAAAUAUAUUUUAAUUCCCUAAAAAUAUCUUACCCAUAUUUAGAUGCGUCACCUGUAUGUAGUGGUUGAUGGAUCAAGAACAAUGGAAGACCAAGAUUUAAAACCUACCAGGCUAACUUGUACCCUAAAGGUAUUUAUUCUUGAUAACUUGCAUUUCUCUAAGACCACUGAAAUCACUGAAAAUAGAUAAAAUGUCAGAUUGCGACAACUCAGAUUCAAGUUCUUGCUCAGCUCUGAAACCCACUGGAUCACCAUGGGCCAAGUCCCAUUUCUAAGCCUAAUGUACCUUGCAGAGUGGUUUGGAGGAUGACUUGGGUGUGGUUAGAUACAGCAAACAUCACCUAGAACCUCUUGAAGGAAAGGGGGAGGGAAGGAAACAAAUGUGAUAAAUUACCCUUCAUUUGUUUCCCUUUCUCAUCUGGUAAUCUCAGGGUUUCCAGGAACAGGGUCUUUCAGCCAUCAAACAGGAAUGUUUUCAAAUUCCUCCUGAAAGUCAAUAACUGUCCUAAAAAUAAGGUUUAGAUGGACCUUAACAUCACUCUUGAAAUAACAUUGGUAACCACAACUUUGUUUUUUGUUAGUUGUCCUUAUGCAUACUUUUUAGAAAAUAAGAAGCUUUUAUCUUUUUUGAUGACUAGGUAUAAAAUGACUUUUGUGAUGUUCAUAGAGUUGUGCAAUGUAAAGUAACACUUGAGAAUUAAUGGCUCUAGUGAUGUUUUUCUUUUUGUAGUUACUGGAAUAUUUUGUUGAAGAAUAUUUUGACCAAAAUCCGAUUAGUCAGGUAUGUACACUGUGCUGGAGAUGGUUGCUGCGGAUUAGAAAUAAUCACUUCUUCGAAUGUUUAGCUAAAAGCAAUCUUAAGUGUGACUAUUAGCAUAUUGGUGAGUUUAAAACAUUCUAAAGACAAAAUAAAAGCCAUGAUUUAUGUUAAAAUUAAAUAAUAAACAUGUUGUACUGGGACGCGGGUGGCGCUGUGGGUAAAAGCCUCAGCGCCUAGGGCUUGCCGAUCGAAAGGUCGGCGGUUCGAAUCCCUGCGGCGGGGUGCACUCCCGUUGCUCGGUCCCAGCGCCUGCCAACCUAGCAGUUCGAAAGCACCCCCGGGUGCAAGUAGAUAAAUAGGGACCGCUUACUGGCGGGAAGGUAAACGGCGUUUCCGUGUGCUGCGCUGGCUCGCCAGAUGCGGCUUUGUCACGCUGGCCACGUGACCCGGAAGUGUCUCCGGACAGCGCUGGCCCCCGGCCUCUUGAGUGAGAUGGGCGCACAACCCUAGAGUCUGUCAAGACUGGCCCGUACGGGCAGGGGUACCUUUACCUUUAUCUUACUGGGAUAAUUCAAUUUUCUGUCAAUAAAGCCCAAAGCAUUUUGGCAUUCUAAAUGAGGGAGUUAAUAUCUUCAUCCCUGCCUGUGCAUUGGAGAAUGUCUGAAGAAGGGAGCCUGCUGUAUGCACACAGGCUGCCACCAUGAUUUGGAGUUCUAUGCGAUCAUGCUUCCAAAUCACAGGGCUGUCUUCCAAUGCAUAGCCAGUAGGGGGCUGGACACCAGCAGGGGACCUGGCAGUCAGGCCAGUAGGUGGACUUUGCUCUCUAAUCCAUGUGAUUAAUACUAAGGUGAUUUAUAAUGCCUGAAUAGGGUUUGGUCCUGCAGCAUAUAUAAAUGAGCAUGCAUUUGAUGAUUUUGCACAAUUCAUUUUGCUUCUGUUAUGUAUGGGCAAGAGGAAGAAAUGACACAGUGCAAUGAAGCCUCUGACCACCCCUCCUUUUGCCCUUCGCCUCCCUAGGCUUUUGAUUUCAUCAGGCAUCACCUCCCAUCAAGCCUGUCUUUGUAUCCACCUAGGCUAGCUAGAAACUAAUUAAAAAGGUAAAGGGACCCCUGACUAUUAGGUCCAGUCGUGACCGACUCUUGGGUGCGGCGCUCAUCUGGCUUUAUUGGCCGAGGGAGCCGGCAUACAGCUUCUGGGUCAUGUGGCCAGCAUGACUAAGCCGCUUCUGGCGAACCAGAGCAGUGCACGGAAACGCCGUUUACCUUCCCGCUGGAGCGGUACCUAUUUAUCUACUUGCACUUUGAGGUGCUUUCAAACUGCAGGAGCAGGGACCGAGCAAUGGGAGCUCACCCUGUCGCGGGGAUUCGAACCACCGACCUUCUGAUCGGCAAGUCCUAGGCUCUGUGGUUUAACCCACAGCGCCACCCGCGUCCCAGAAACUAAUUAGGAAGUGGGUAAUAAUAAUAAUAUUAAAACAGAGACUCUCAAGAUUCUGAAAUUUGCAGUGUCAAACUCUGUUUCUUCAUCACGAUUAUGGAAUAAAAGCUGCUGUAAAUAUAGUAGAAGGAAUUAUAUAGAUUACCAGAAACUGCAUAAACAUUUCCGCCCACAGAUUUCAUAUUUAUAGCUCUUGGUCAAACUUAUCCCCAGCUGUUGAUCUCAUGGGGUAAGUGGAAGUAGCAAUGGCUUCCAUAAUUCAAAGGCAGGUGGAGAUCCAGCUCUGCCAUGUCGAAUUCCCUGCAAUGUUGCUCAUUACAUGUUUUGAUGGGAAGCUGCAGGAGUGCUAGGUGGCUCUUGUUCCUCUUUGCAUCUCAAGUAACUCUUGUUACUAUAAGCUCUGCAAAUGAUUCUUGGCUCUCUGCUGCCACCUCUGUACGUUGGAAAACAUGGUUGGCUCAAGGAGACUUCAUUACUCUGUGACUCUGUUAAUAGCAGACAUCUUUCUGGCAGGUUGGCAUUAUUGUGACUAAGGGCAAAAGAGCUGAAAAACUUACUGAGCUUUCAGGUAUGAACAAAUUAUUUCUUUCAUACUAAGAAGAGAUUCGUUAUUAUGGCCCUGUCAUUUUUUAAAAAAAGCAAAAAAGAUAAUAUUUUCUAUAUUUCUAACUUGUUCGGCCAUUCUUUCUAUUAAACAUGAUACAGACAUCUGACUUUGACCCAGUGUGAACUUUAAAAAUACACUGGAAAUUUAAGGAUAGUUGCUGGAGGGAAGUAGCAAGUUUAAAGAGAAUGUUCCCUAUAAUGUUUCUACCUUAGACUAUAUACAAAUGAAAUUUUACUUGAGGGCAACUCUGUAAAUUCAUUCACUGUGUGAUGUUUAAAUUAAGUUUUCUCCAGGAUGGUAUUGACCUUAAGUGUAUGUAUGUGGUGGGGACGGUGACAGGUUUGGUUUUGCAAAUUUGAUUCAGCAGCCAGAUGUGCCCAGUGCUGAUUGGCUGUCACAUGCCCCAAAGCAAGCUUUUAAUUUCUAAAAUUUUAAAUAAAGCAUUGAACCAGCGUUUUAGUUGUGUAUAUGUACACCCCCCCCAAAAGAAACCAGUGCAAUGAAGAUUAAGCAUUCUCAGUCCCAGAAUGUUGACAAUCAGUUAGAAAAGAAAAUGGGGUGGAGGAAAUGAAAUGGUUUUCUGGAGAAGUGGAUGGUUGACUGGUUGGCUGACUGGAGCUGUGAACAGGAUCACUCUUAUCACUCUAGACCAGACUUUAUCAGCCUUGGGUCCCUCAAUUUUGUUGGACUACAAAUCCCAUCAUCCCUAGCUAGCAGGACUAGUGGUCAGGGAUGAUGGAAGUUGUAGUCCAACAACAUCUGGGUUCCCAAGGUUGACAAAGGCUGCUCUAGAUUGCAGCAUUUUGUUGUAGGCCCCAUUUCUUAGGCAUAAUGGACACUGGACAAAGAUGAAGCAGGGCUUGAAUGAGGGAAACUAGUUGAUUGGAUGGUUAGAGGACCCUCUUGGGGCAAAGGAGAAGGAGUGCAUGAAAAAUACUUGAUUUGAGCUUUCAUGUGAUAAUGAAAGGUGGUCUUGGGGUGCCUGGAGACUUGAUGAGCAUUGUUGGUAUAGUCUUGGUUCAGCUAUAAUGCCAGACCAUGGGUUGAUAUUGCAUGAAUGUGUGUCAGUUUACUUCCUUUGUAUUUUCCUUCCUUCCUGCUAAUAAAAGCAGCGUUUUAUGUCAGAAUAUUUGAUUUUUGUUUUUUAAUUCAGCUAUUUUCUGAUGUUUGAUAAUGAGUGAUUUUCGUCCUAGGGAAUCCGAGAAAACACACAGCUGCUUUGAAAAAAGCUGUAGAUAUGUCUUGUCUCGGAGAGCCAUCUUUAUAUAAUGCCUUAAAUUUGGCCGCACAAACAUUAAAGUAAGUAUAUAUAGUCUACUGUACAGUAGUGUGCUUUUUUUUGUUUAGCAACCAUGGAGAUCGAUCUGACUAUAAUCAUAGGGAGAGUGAUUUAUUAAUCAAGUAUCCCUUUUCAGCAUUCAUUAAUCUGCUUCAGCAAAAACAGCCAAGUUUUGUGGCCCCUUAAAGAUUAGUAUAUUUAUUAUGGUAUAAACUUUCAUGCACUUCAUCAGACAUAUGGAAUGUUUUUACUCAUGGUUUGCGGAGAGGCAGAGUGUAAACUAGGUUAGAAGGAAAUAAAAUGCAAUAAAACAGUCUGACAAUUGUGUUAAAGUUUAAAUGCAUGUAAAAUAAUUACAGUGACCGUUCCCAGAGCAGUGUUGAUGAUACCAUAAACAUUGUAGCAUUGGUUAGCUAAUUAACACCUAUAUUGGGAUAAGCACCUGUUCUGUAUUCAGGCCACAGGUGAUAGAAUCAAAUUUCUUGAUAAGUAGUUUCAUACUAGAAUUUCCUGUUUGAAGUUCUUUUAUCCAGUAAUAGAAUAUUUUGUUCAAGAACUAGAUUGUUCCUCUUUGUCAAGUUUGGGGAAUCUUUUUGCAAGAGUCCUGGGUAAACUUCCAGGGACUGCAUAUUGGGAACAAAACUGCAUACACUGCCCCCAUUCACAUGUACCCAUCCAUUUAAAUUAUCUCCCCAUUCACACACAUCCAUACAAACCCAAUUCUCACACAGCCAUUUAAACAGUCACUUACGUUAUCUCUCCACCUUUUCUCUCUUCUCUUUUCCUUCCUUCACUGUCCCUCCUCAGUGUGGCACUUAGGCUUAGAUUUUUGGGGGGGGGGGUUGUGCAUAGGGUGAGGGGAAUGUUAGCUUCCUCCCCAUGCAGUAAGUAGUCACAGGGAAAAGGAUGAUUCCAUUUGUGCAAGUGGGACCUCUUUCCUAAGACCAAGGGCUAAUUACAUGGUGAAUGGCACUGAAGAGGGCGGGCUGUGGUCCAGAUUCAAAGACCUAGCCAGAGAUUGCCCACUCUGGCUCUUGGACAUUCUGCAAUUUGAAGGUGCUGCAGCAACUCAAAGCAAACUGCAGAAUUAUCCUGGAGAUUAGUAUGUGCUAAGUUACAGUGGUAAAUGUUUAAAGCCCAUAUGUCCAACACUGAUUCCCCUCCCCUAUUUCUUACUUUGCUUUCAACAGCCUUGGCUGAACCAUCAAACUACAGUACUUAGUGAGCAUAAAUGCACCUACUUACGCUGUGUGUAUAUGCAACAUCUUCUCUGCACCGAUUCAUAACAAGUCUCAUUGCUGUCAGAGUGUAAAAUAAUUUUCUCACGUAAUUUAUGUAGAAAUGGGUCUCUGUCUUGCGCUUGAUUGUUUUGGCACUUGUUUUUGUUUGUCACAAACAUAAAAGAGUGUUUUAUUCUCUCUAGGCAUAUGCCAGGGCAUACAAGCAGAGAAGUCUUAGUAAUAUUCAGCAGUCUGACAACAUGUGAUCCUUCCAAUAUUUAUGAUCUAAUUAAGGUACACAAGUUUUUGCUUUUUUCUUCUUCUGUUAAAACAACCCAGAAUGAAUGCUGGACUUUCUUGACAUUUGGGAAUAUGCAGAGAUACUUAACAUGCUUGAAACAAAUAUUUGGCACAGAAUCCUGAAAGCUUUGUGCAUUUUAUAGGUUUUUUUUAGAUCUCUUAUUGCAUGUGUUUUCUCUUUUUUUAUUUCGAAGAGUUUAAAGGCAGUUAAGAUCAGAGUGUCUAUUAUUGGCCUUUCUGCUGAAGUUCGAGUUUGCACUGUACUUGCCCGGGAAACUGGUGGUAUGUAUAUAUUUGAGUGUGUGUGUGUGAGAGAGAGAGAGAGAGAGAGAGAGAGAGUGAAUGAGAGAACCAUGAACUAAAUUGAAAAAGCCUUGAAGGCCUGCAUUUUCAGUUGGCCUUCUAGCUGUGAUGUUUAUAAUUUGGAUGAUGGUCUGACUGUAGUUUUUAGCUUUUAAAAAUAUCUAUCAGGUUUUUAAAAUCUUUCUUUGGUUUUGAUUGUUACUGCUUUUGACUGGCAUUUGCCCCAAAGAGCUGUCUGGAAUAAAUAAAAUAAAAACUGCUCAUAUCUAACAUAUUUUGAUGACAAAUCACUAAAAGCUGAUGCUAACAGAAGGAAAAAUUCAUAAAUAGUUAAUCUUUACAAAGUCAGUCAGCGUUAUCUAGGCUUAUCUAAAUGACUUUUCACUUCAAAACCUUUUUAUCUCUUUGCGCUGUGAUGGAAUUAGUGCAAAACUUUUCAUUUGCUGUUAAACCAUUGCAGCCUUUCCUCUGACAUACUCUCAAAAAGCCUCACAAUUAGAUCCACAAGGUAGUAGAUGACAUGUAUUUUUACUUGCCCAUCUGCCCACAUAUACCGUGUCAGGUUUGGCCUAAAAGGGGGGGAAGAGAACUAAUUGGUUUUGCAGGGCUUCUUUCCUUGGUCACUUGUUGACAAUUCUUACUCACCACUGGCAACCAGAUGAGCAACUGUUGAGAUGCCUGCUCUCAGUUAAUUAAAUUUUUAUUUUGUUUCCUUUUGUGGCAGGGACCUAUCAUGUCAUUUUAGAUGAAAGCCAUUAUAGGGAACUUCUGAUGCACCACGUCAGUCCACCACCAGCUAGUUCAAGUUCUGAAAGUUCGCUUAUUCGAAUGGGUAAGAAAUUGUCCUUUAAUAUUUUGGUAUACUGGUAUUGAACACACAGAAUAGUUUACUCUAAAUCCAGAGGCAAGCAAUUAGGAUAAUGCUAAAGACCACCUAUCCUGAGCUGGCGAUUUCACUGUUAUAUUGUGGUUGCAAGUAAUUGGCAUAAUUUAUUUCCUGCCAUACUAGGUAAUAUUUCACUUGUAUUUUGCAGAUAUUUUAGACCUGUGGUUCUCAAACUUUGGGCUGCACUGUCAGAACAAAAAUUUGCUUGUGCCACACUGCAUUUUUUAUUGAUAAGAAAUGCAUUGGAAAACAAAAAGAAGUAACUCCUAUCAGUGCUUGAUUUAUAACGUAGAACACAACUACCUUAUAAUACAGUGGUACCUCGGAAGUCGAACGGAAUCCAUUCUGGAAGUCCGUUCAACUUCCAAAACGUUUGGAAACCAAGGCGCAGCUUCCAAUUGGCUGCAGGAAGAUCCUGCAGCCAAUCGGAAGUUGUGUCGGCUGUUCGGGUUCCAAAGAACAUUCCCAAAGUGGAACACUCACUUCCCGGUUUGUGGCGUUUGGGAGCCAAAACGUUCGAGAACUAAGCUGUUCGAAAACCAAGGUACAACUGUAUUAGGUCUAAUUUGAGACAAACUCUCAUCUCAUCAAAAACAAAGAAGCCUUUCCAUUUUCUGAUCUUUCAUAUUUGUCAGAGUUGGAAAUCCUUGUUCACAACAAUAUGUUGUAGAGAACUGUAGAAGAAUAGCCAAUACUCCUGAAGAGAGGUGUGGAUACUGUUUCCAGUUGUAUAUCCAUACCGCACUGAAAUGUUUAUUUAUUUUUUAUUAUCCUUGAAUCUUUCCCUCACAAUAGCCAUCCUCUCCUGCCACACCAGUGCGCAAUGCCACACUCUUUGAGAACCACUGCUUUAGACAAUUAUUGUUUAUUAACUACAGGUUAUUACCAUUUUCAGUUAUCUGUAACAUACAUUUUGCCCUGUCUAUCUAGUGAUGGCAUGGUGCAGGCCGACCACACAGAGAUUUGUGUGUCAGUACGGUAAAGUGGCUUAUAUUGGGAUGUAAACCAGUGCACACUAAGAUUCUCCUCUUAAAUGAGGACCACAAUACAUAUAAAGUGACUCAAAACUAUGACUGUUCUUUUCCGCUAGGCUUUCCUCAGCACACCAUUGCAUCUUUGACUGAUCAGGACGCAAAGCCAUCUUUUAGCAUGGCGUAAGUAAUGGGUUGCUUUAUUUAAACACGGCAUGGACCGCGGUUUAAAAGUCUGAAUGUGUACAUUGAGCAGCCAGCAUUUUAUCUGAAAUUGCUUCUUCAAUAGCUCCAGUAGUGUAAGGGAAAACAUCAUUUUAAUAGCAGCUCACAGUCUCUUUCAGCAUUCAGAAAUAAUUUGGUGGAAACAUCCAAGGCAGGUUUCGCUGUGUAGCUGUUCUUCUCCAUAUGUCUAGAUUUUGGUCUUCAGUUCUGUUUAACUAAAACUAGGUUUUGCUCAUUGUAAAUUUUAUUAUUGCUAGAAUUUCAGUUGAACCGACUUUCUGUAUGAAAGAGAACUCUUAAGGACACAUUGUCUGUAUGGGUCUUCCCAGAUGGAUUUAUGGCACAACAAAUGCAGAGUUCUUUUGCCAUAGAAGGAGAUCUCAAUGUCUUUCCAUUGCAGAACAGUCACCUUUUCUUCUGUGAUAUUAUAAUGGACUCGAGUGACUUACUGGGAGGGGAGGGGAAAGGCAGCAGUGAGGAUGGUGUGGUACAAAGGCACCAGUGGGAGCAGCGGAUUGGCUCUUCCCAUGCCUUGAACCAUGCUGGCCUCUCCCCUCCCUCUCUCAGUAAACAGCACUGAAUCUAGUGAUGAAGCACCCCUGCUGGAAAAUGCAACUCUUCUUCAAGUGCUUGACAAAGCGUUGCGAUUUCUUUAGCCAUACUGGCUUCUCCAAGAACUUAAACCAUAAACUUUGAGGCCUAAUGCAAUUUCUCACCGUUACAACCCUUUUCAAUUUGUUCAAAAUGUUUCUGUGCAACAUUGUCAGGGUGGGGGAAAUGUUAUUCUUUUACAGGCAGCUAGAAAACAGCAAUGAUCCAGGUCUUACCCUGGGAGGAUAUUUCUGCCCCCAAUGUAGAGCCAAAUACUGUGAGCUUCCUGUGGAGUGCAAAGUUUGUGGUGAGUAAUUAAGUGUAUUUAUCUUUGUCUAUUAUAAUAGGGUGUGUGUGUGUGUGUGUGUGUGUGUGUGUGUGUGCGCGCCAACCCCCAACUGGGAAAACAGAAAAGUAAGCCACUAGCCUUGACUUGCUGCAUCCACUGUGAUUUAGCCACACACUUCACAAUUGUGCAUGCUAUUCAGUUUCAGUGUGUGAGGCAAUUAUGACAUUCCCGGUACUCAAUUUCUUUUCUGGGGUGGAAGGUGGUGAGUUUCCCCAAUAUUUAGCUUCUAAACGAAAUGUUGCCACAGAUCAGGCCUGUGUAAAAGUCAUAUCCUUUCAUCUAGAAACCCUUCACAUUAGUCACAGAUAGAGGGUUGGUUGUGGUCUCUUGAUCAUGAAUUAAGUAUCAUUUGUACAUACCAAAAGCACUCCUUUACUCUGUUCAUAUCUUCCAAGCAUUCAGAAGUGACAUCCAGAACUAAACCUUGGUCAUUUACAGUUACAUGGUGAAGAGCAGAAUUUGCAUACUUUUUACAUCCGUAAGGCUGUAUAUGUUAAACAAGUUUUAUGAUGGGAGCAGAAGUUUGAAAUACUAAUAAGAGGGUUAAUAAGUUAAAGCUACGUUUUAAAAAGAAUAAUUGAGAAUUGUUUUUCAGAAACCCUUUAUAAAUACGGCGAUAAUGUUUUGUAGGUCUUACACUAGUAUCUGCACCCCAUCUGGCUCGAUCUUACCAUCACCUAUUUCCUUUGGAUGCCUUUCAGGAAGUCCCACUGGAACAAUAUAUAGGAGAACGGUGUGUAAAAGAUGUCUCGUAUAACCAGUCUGAAUACUAGGGGUUAAUGUUUCCAGCAUGUGAUGGGUUGAUAGCUUUAUCUCUGCCUACAGACCACAACACCAUGGUGAACACAUAGUAACAAUGGUACAUUUGCAGGGGGUUUCUUUCCAACCAAAGGGUGAAAUAUCUUUUCAUAAUUCCCAUUUCUGCUGUUUCCAAGAAUGGCUCUGGAGCUUGUGGCUACUGAAACAGAGCAAGGAUUAUCACCUUUUUGGGUUUGACUACUAUUUCCUUCUAAAUAGCCAUUACUUCCUGUUGAUCCUACCACUGUUCUAGUUCCUUUAAAAAGAUGGCAGGGUAAUGUUUUGCUUGGAAUAAGAACAAAUUGUGAUACAACAUCUCCCCCCCCCCCCAGUUUUGUGUCAAUCAACUCAUCAUCAAUCAUUCAUUUUGGAAACAGGUUUUUGUUUCGGAUAUAAGUGUUCAUUAUUAUGAGCAAAUUGGGGACUGUGAUUGUAUGGUAGUAAACUGACACUUCUGUUCUUCUUUCUUGAGUGACCAGAGAGGCAAUAUUCUCAUAUAGUAAUUUGUGUUACUAAUUGGAAUAUUUUCAAAUAAAGAACUUCAGCUCUUUACAGUUAUAGCUUCUGUCAUUUCACAGGGUCCAAUAUUUUAUGCCACAAUAUCAUUAAUAUAAUCGUGCAGUUUUUGGGUUGACACAAGUGAAAGUAGGAACAUGUGAGAGAUCUUUUUUGCUAGACACAGGUUAUCCCUGUUUUGGCUGGACUAUUGGACAUUUCUCUGUGCAUCGUUAAGUCCCCAUUAAAAGUAAUACUUAUACAGGCAGGGGUUACGUUCUGGGGAUAACGCAUAAAGCCAAAAUUGCAUAUGGUCAAAACACAUUGGGUUCAAUGACAGGUGGCAUUGCCAAAGUCUUUUAUCCCCACUCGCCCCCUUUCCGCCCACUUUCAGAAAAAUGAUAUUUUGGGGGGCCAAGCAUGUAAAGCUGAUUGCAUGCAAAUUAAAUGUGCAUAAGUUGCAAGGUACCCGUAACAGCUGCAACACAUUCCUGGCAUUCGAUUUAACUGGUUCUGAUCCUAUAUUCUGUUAUUAAAGUAAUAGUUGCUUUAUAAACACAACAGUAGCAGCACUGUUACUGUUUAUUUAAGCCCUAUGCAUGCACGUGACACUUUACAAAACACAGGAAACAGGUCCCUACCUCAGAGGGUUUAUACUCUGUAAGGCAACAAAGGGGAGACAACAAAGGGAGUGGAGUGGAAGCAGGAAUAAAUAGAGAAAGAAUAUGCAUUAUUUCUGUUAUAUAUACUUAAGGCAAGGGUGCGGAACUUCUGGCCCUUGGGUGAAUGUUGGCUCACUAGGUCAUUUGCCCCAAACCAUGUCUAUGUGUCCAUCAGUUGACAUCGUGGGGUGUAUUGGGUGCUAAUUCUCCACUGUAUUUCCUGGGGGGAAUGUGCUGAUGAAGCAGACCCCUCUCCUUACUGUUGUGGAUCAGCUUGGAUGGGUGGGUGGGAUUGUCCACCUACCAGUUGCCUUACGUCAUCAUGAUGUAAGAUGAUUGACAGGUGGUGGUCCCUGCCCACUUGUCAAAGUUGCUGGUUGGGUUGUAAGAGGCCCAAAAUGUUCUCCACCCAUAACGUAAGGCAUGAGAAGUAGAGGUUUAACAUGAAGUAUGUAUUAAUUAGUCUCUCUAAAAUCUCUUCAUAAAUAUUCUUUUUAAACAGCUAUUGCCAAGGAUGCCAAGGAGAAAUUACAGAUCAGCAUGUAAGUCUUCAGCGUUCAACCUAUAAAUUACAUUAUAUUUGCUUGCUUUCCAUGCAAGUAAUGCUUUUUGUCCACAUCCUUCUCUUCCCCCUAAAAAAAUUUGUUAUUGAAUGUUUAAUACUUAAUACAAUGUAAACAAAGGUCAUAACUUUUACAUCAGAGAGAUCAGAAAUAUUUAGUAAUGUUUAGGAUUGUCUCUUUGCAGGCUAUAAAAAUGUGUCUCAGCUAGUUGAUACAUCAAGGCUCUUUCCUGAUAUAUAAAAGAAGUUUUGCUAAUAUGGUAACAUUCAAAUUAAAAGCAAAGUGGUGCAUUGGUUAAAAUAUCAAUGAUUGAUCAACCAAAAUAUUUAUGGAGUGGUAGCAAUGUAAGUCUGUGCUAUACCAACCUUCCCACCAUGUGGUCCUGUUCAUGAACGCCAGGUCAGUUCUCAAUAAAACAACCCUCAUCUGUCACCUAAUCAUAGCUGAGGUGUCUGACCUGGUAUAUAUUUCCAAGGCCUGUGUGAGCAAGCUGGGCAGGCCAGACCUGACCCAACUUUGUCCAGUUGAUGCCACACCAACAUAGAUUGGUGAAAGGGUUCCUUUGUGCAUCACCUACCUGUCUGUGCAACGGUGUCUCUCUCCAGCAAACCAAUCCACCUGAAAACUGGGUUUGAGGGUUUGUUCCUGGUGUUUGGGCAGGGAUAAAGCAGGGAUUUUGUUGGUGAAGCCAACAUUUUGUUGGUGAAGCCUAUCCCUGCUACCCAGCAUCAGCUGGCAAAGGGGGUGGGCUUCAAUAUUCACAGUGAUGCUACCUUGUCAAGACUAGUUCAGCACAUUGGAAUAUUCCAACCGCCAUGAUGUGCUGUGCUGUGCUGCAAAACGUAGUCCAUAUUAUUAAAUGAAGUAAAACAUUUUAGUGUGUUUUACUUCGUGCCUGAAAGCUCUGAGUGGCUAACAAAACAAACAAAAACACAAACAGAAGGGCAACUUAAAAUAAUAUGCAUUAAUUAUGAUCAUAGCAGAUAAAUCCAUGUUAGGUGUUCAGUACACGAGGCAAUAGUUGCAAAAAAUAAUUCUAGUAUCUGUUGUAAUGUAACCUUUUAAAUUUCAAUUCUUUCUUUUUUGUAGGUCUAUAUAUGUAAAGUCUGCCAGAGUGCGUUUUGUGUAGAAUGUGAUCUUUUUGCUCAUGAUACUCUGCACUGCUGUCCGGGUUGCAUUCACAAGCAUCCUGCCCCUCCCUGUGUGUGAUGCUACCUAAUGAUCAACAAUGCUGGAUGCUUUUCUGUGAGUAAAAAAUUCAACUUGACUGUUCAGUGAAGGUCUUCAGCAAAAUAGCUUAAGAUGAGGAAGAGCACCUUGCUGAAUGCUUAUGUAAAUGUUACUAUUUUCACACCCAGUUUGAAUAUACAUGUGUGUACAGCUAUUUGUAUGUGGAACUAGUUAUUGAAACUUUUUCUUCUUCUGAUAUAAUCUGAAUAGUGUGCAAGUUUGUACCUCUGAAACUUGAAAUGGAUAUGUGUCCUAAAUUAAUGGCCCUUGCUUUCAUUUUAAAUAAUAAUCAGCACAAUAGGCUACAAGCCACAAAGCACAGUCAUGGAGAAGCAAGUUUAAUGUAAGUCAUUAGGAUUUAAAAUCUAGGAUGCAAAAUCCCUGGUGCGAUGGUCACUCUAGACCAUCUCAUGAUAAGAGCUGCUUCUCUGUGUUGGCAAAGGUUGAGAGUGAUGUCAGGCAGUAUCUGUUUCAAUAAACAGUGUUAGUGUGCUGCGUGUUUUGUUUUUACUAUAAUGAUUACAGAUGGAAGAGUCUUUUUAAGUUCAAUUGCACUUCAGCUUCUGCAGGUAAGAGAUAGAACUGUACCACACAAAGUUAAAAGAAAAAGAAAAAGGUAAAGUCCAGUCAAAGGCGACUAUGGGGUGCAGUCUUCAGUAGAAGAAAUCUAUAAAGCACCUUCUAAUGAAAAGAUGGGAGAGGGAAGUGCUAUGAUCUAAAUCAGUAGGACUAUGAAAUGAAUUUUUAAAAACUUCUCUUAGAUGCAUCCUUUAAGAAGAAAUCAGGCACAUGACCAUGGACCAAAGGAAUGGCUGAGAGACCUCUGUUGCCUUGCUGCCAUGGGAUUUUGAAAGGGAGAACUUAACUUUCACAUACCGUAUUUUUUGCUCUAUAAGACUCACUUUUUCCCUCCUAAAAAGUAAGGGGAAAUGUGUGUGCGUCUUAUGGAGUGAAUGCAGGCUGCGCAGCUAUCACAGAAGCCAGAACUUUCGCUGCGCAGCGAUCCCUCUUGUUGUUCUGGCUUCUGAGAUUCAGAAUAUUUUUUUUCUUUUCCUCCUCCAAAAACCAGUCUUAUGGUCUGGUGCGUCUAAUAGAGCGAAAAAUACGGUAUGUCAGAUCCCUGACUUUUGUGUUCCACUUGCUUCAUUAGGUGUAUACUCCCUCCUUUCUUUUCAGUAUGGUUCUGGCAAACUGCUGCUCUCACUCUCUAAGCUCUGGGUAGUUAGGGACUCUUUCACUCUUCAAAACUAAGGUGGGUCACCAUAUUAAAUUGUAUUUGCAGCCUGCAUAGUUGUAACAUCGUUUUCUAAAGCACUUGUACUGCUCAUCUUUCAUUUCUCAAUAAUAAACCAAUCGUUUCUACUUUAUGUUGUGGCAGGCCCUUUAUUAGGCAUACAUGUAUACAUGCUUACUUAAUAAACUCAUGUUCUGACUCCACACAAGUUUCCAUUCCUCUCAGGGUAUAUGUUGGGUUCACAUAUGCAGUGGACAUGCCUGUGGCUUUAGCCAUACUCCUUGUAACAACCUGCAACUCCAGUGGCAAAGCUGGAUCUCAGAGGCCACAUGAGACUGAACCUGCUCCUACAGGGAAAGUGCAACCCCAUUUAGAGCAGGCAACUUUGUGACUUUCUCCCACAGAGCCCUCAUCUUGCCAGGUUUCAGACUCAGCUUAUUAGUUCACAUCCAGCCCACCACUACAUCUAGACACCAGUCCAGGAGCUUCUCAAGUAUUCCCAAUUCUGAGUUUACAUAGAAACCGAGUUGGUUAUCAUCAGUGUACUGGUGACACCUCCCUCCAAAUCUCAUUACCACUCCCGGCUGCUUCACAUAAGUGUUAAAUAGCACUGGAGACAGUACGGCAUCUUGCCACAACCUGUAGUUCAACAGCCAGAAGGAAGCAAAUUUUGGCCUUGCACAGGGUACCCAAGGAAAGACCCAAGACCCAAGGGAGAAGAGAGAGGGAAGUUGCUGCCAUAUGUAACCUAGACUUUCAGAAGCUAGGAUUAAGGAGAUGAAGGGUAGUUGUAUUUCCGAAAUAAUAUAAUCUCUCAUGGUAUUUUAUUUAGCAAUACUAUUACAUUCUGGUUUUGAAAUUAGUGCUAUGUUUUCCUGCUAACAAAAUGUUUAACCUAGAUGGGUGUGUGAUGAACAACCUGAAGACAUCAUUGCCUAAAAAUUCAAGUUCAGUUUCCUCAGAGAUGUAAUCUUUAUCCACAACAAAAUGUAAAAAGAUG